AUGACCUUCCCGAGACUUCACCCCGACCUUUUGAAUCGCGCCGGCCCUUUGAGUCACGCCGACCCUUCGAGCCGCGUGAAGCGCCGCGAGCUGCAAGCCCUGCAGAACGUGACGCUCGCUCCGAACCGCACGCAUCGCAAGAACCCCCUCGACGGACUUAACUACUACACGGGCGGCUGGAACCCCAGCAGCAAGGAUUAUUGGGCGUCAGUCAUGUGGUCGGUGGUCUACGUGCCACUCUUUGGCCUACUCUGGCUCAUCCUGGGCCUCGGGAUUCUCGGAUUCUCGCUGCUCACCUGCCUGUGCUGUCGCGACAAGUGGACCGAAAUGAGGGACCCUGCAUACGCCAAGUACACCAAGAAAGACCUCUGGGUGCCGCUGGGAUUCAUGCUUCUCGGAAUUGUCGCCGUGCUGGUGGGAUUUUCCGUGAUGGUGGCAGGAGGAGUGCAGCUGCACAACCGCGUCAACAGAGUCACACAGUACGUGACGGAGCAGGUUGACUUCACCGCCAGUGUGAUCUUCAACCUCUCCAAAAUCGUGGAGACAAGUUCCUCUAUCACCGUCGCCAACGCCGUCAUUCCGGCUGACAAGAAGGCAGACAUUGAGAACAAGGCGAGGAAAGCAAACGAGACAGCCACGGAGCUGCAGGCCAAGACGGCAGACGGCAUCAACAUCAUCAACAACGGCCUGCGAGUCCUCUCCAUUACCUUCUAUGUCAUCGGCUGCGUCAUCACCGCCCUUUGCCUCUUCGCUCUAUUGUUUGCUCUACUCAAGUGGGUGGUAGCAUCCAACAUCCUUGUCACUUUAAUCUGGGUAGUCGUUUUCUUCACUUGGUGCUUGACAGCUGGCCUUCUUGUUGCAUACCUGGUGAAUGGGGAUACAAGCAUCGCACUGGAGCAGGUGCAGCAGUCCCCAACCAUCAACAGCGCCAUGGACAAGUACCUCCACUGCAUCCCCAGCGAGAAGCUCCUGAAUGCAACACGCUAUGCGCGCUACACCGCUGCCACCGUGCUCACCACCGUUAACAGCUCCGUGGACAGCAACGCUCCUAGAAUCUUCACGUUUCUUGGUGUUCCGGGCGGCAUCUGUGUGCCGUACGGCCCGGCGCCCAAUUACACGCGCGACAUGAGCUAUUGUGAUCCAAGCACCACCAUCACCUUCCAGCAGUUUGUGAAUACCCUCUCCACCACGGCCAGCAGCUCUGUCUUGGUGCCUGAGGUGGUGAGGAACGACCUCACUGCUGCUGCAAAAACGCUCGCGCUGCUCGAGUCCACCAUCCCCAAUGUGCUCGCGCUUGUCGACUGCUCCUAUGUCGCCAGCAUUGCUGCGUUUGCAAUGUCCGAGGCACAGGCGAUGAUCACCAACUUCCAGAUGCUCUGGGUGGGCUUCCUGGUCAUCACCAUCGCCUGUAUGAUGCAGGCCCUCUCCAUGCCUAUCUAUGUCUUCCGAGCCGUCAGGCUCGGCGACAAGCUCAGCGACGCUGAAGUCGAGGGACUAUACAAGGCUUCAGCUGUCCCAGUAGCUUACCCAGCAGGUGGGGGACCUGAGGGGCAGGCACAAGCGAACGAGCCUAGCUUCGCAGAAGGCUCUGGCGGCUCAUACUAUGAAGGCGAAAGUGGUGCUGGUUACAAGUGA